GACACGCACUUGACCAACUCUCUCUUUUUUUCUUUUUCUUCCAUUAUUUUCCCCCAUUCACAUCCUUCUGAUGAACAGUGCUUAAAACUCUCUCUCUUCUCUCUUCUCUCUUCUCUCUUCUCUCUAUCCGAUUUCUUCUUCAUUAUUCCUGAUUUUCUCUCGCCGGAGUCUUCAGAUUCCGGCUGAAUAUUUGACUACAAUUUCAGGCGAUGGGUUCGGAGGAAGAGAAAGUCGUGGUUCCCAGAAACUUUAGAUUGUUAGAAGAGCUCGAAAGAGGUGAGAAAGGAAUCGGAGAUGGAACCGUGAGCUAUGGAAUGGAUGACGCAGACGAUAUUUUGAUGCAAUCUUGGACUGGCACCAUUAUCGGACCUCAUAAUACUGCCUAUGAUGGGAAAAUCUUCCAGCUGAAGCUCUUUUGUGGCAAUGAUUACCCGCAAAACCCACCUACCGUUAGGUUCCAGACGCGUAUAAACAUGGCUUGCGUCAACCCUGAAAAUGGAGUGGUUGAACCGAGUCAUUUCCCUAUGCUCUCCAACUGGAGAAGAGAGUACACAAUGGAAGAUUUACUGAUGCAGUUAAAAAAAGAAAUGAUGUCACCACAGAACCGCAAGUUAUCUCAACCCUUGGAAGUUAAUGAGGAAGGGAGGACAGACCCAAAGGGAGUAGUGGUGAAAUGUUGUGUGAUGUGAAGGAAGUAAAUGAGGAGUUUGUAAGAAUUUAAGAGACAGAGAAGAAAAAAAAAAGUGUAUAUAAGCAUCAUUCUAAAACGCUUUGAGGUUGCCUGCAUCAGAACCGUCUUCGUCUACAGGCCUUAAUCUUACCAUUUGAUUAUGUAUUAUGUAAUAUCCACCAAAACAAGGUGCCUUUCUUAAUAAACCCCUUCUUCACCACUUUUAUUUUUUGAUCUAAUAUGUAAUGAGUGUGGCCUAAAUUGAUGGGAAAUGGGAUACAAUAGCGCAUCAAAGUAAGAGCUUUUAGAGUGCAUCCACAUUAGGAUUUGGGUCCGGCCUUUAGAGUGCAUCCACCUUAGGGUUUUGGUCUGGCCUUGUCGUUGUUAACAUUCUUCUAAUUCUCGGAACUUUGGAUUCUUUUGAUGGCUUGCAAUUGGUUCUUCAGAUUUCACAACCUGUCAGAAGUGAUCUUCAACUGCUCCACAUUCAUGGAUUCAAAUAAUGAGGAACAGUUAGAAGGUAUGACAGGUUGUAAGUCUGAUGAACUAUGUGCUAGCCAUCAAAAGAAUCCAAAAUUUUGAGAAUGAGAAGGAUGUUGACAAAGACAAAGCUGGACCAAAACCCUAAGGUGGAUGCACUCUGAAGGCCGGUGAUAUUGGAUUCUUGGAUUCUGAUCAUUACGAGUUUCGAGUCCAGAAUAUGUUGGUUGUACGAAAACAAGGUGCCUCUCUUAAUAAACCUCUUCUUCAUCAAUAUCUUUUUUUUUGCUCUAUUAUGUAAUGAGUGACUGUGGCCCAAAUUGAGGGAGAAAGGGGAACAAGAGCGCAUCAAAGUAAGAGCCUUAUAGCAUAAAACCGAUAAAGCAAAAGUUGGAGGGGUGGGAAAGCAACUUACAUUCUCAUUUUUGGCAGAAUCAUGAAAAAUGAUUGUUAAAAGCCAUCGUGGAUUUUUAUGAUAUUGUAAAUUCUUUUUUGUUUCUAGGAAUAAAUAUAUGAAUAAUAGUGUAAGAAGUAGGAGUACUAAAGUUUGUAAAAUGUUAAAAAAAAAGAGUUUUGGAUUAUAAUAUGAAAUGGAAUGUUUUUGGUAGUUUGUAGAAGCAACGAUCUUAUACCAAGUGUGAACGUGGAGAGGAAGUUGAAGCGUUCUUUUCACCAGGACAAGACAAUAGAGAGAUCAAAGCAUAAGGAAUCUGUUACACUAAGCUUUUACGCAAU